AUGGCAGAUAUCGCUUUAGCAGGAGUCGGAGCUAUUGCUGCAGCUCUUACUGGCCGACAUUUUCUACGGAGAGCAGGGAAAGGAGCUGCAGAACAAUGGGCCAAGGGAGGCUUCAAAGCAAAAAUGGACCGACAAGAAGCAAUCUCAGUUCUGGGAUUGAAGGAUGGCCCACAGUUUGGUAGCCGUUUGAAGGACGCACAUCGUCAAAUAAUGCUGGCCAACCACCCGGAUAGAGGCGGUUCGCCGUAUCUUGCAAGCAAAAUCAACGAAGCAAAGGAUUUGUUGGAAAGGCUGGAUAAAAGACGGUGA